AGGCCAGUCGCCAAAUACCCUCAAGCAGGAUCUCAGGCGCUGCCUCGUUCUCUCCAGCCUCAUAUCAGUUUUCACUCCUGGGCCAGCUACCUGGACGAGAGGCCGCUGGCCCUGGCCCGCCCCCUGGCCUGGGGAGGCACGAGGCUAGGAGCGAGCGAGCGAGCGAGGGAGCUGCCGCUGCGCCCCCCCGGCCGGGCUGCAGGGGGAGCAGUGGCGGGCGGCGCAACGCGGCGGCGGCGGCGAAGAUGGCGGCCGCGGCUCAGGCACUGAGCUGCUCGGGGCUGCUGUUGGCCGCCGCCGCCCUGGCCCUGCUGGCCGUGGCCAUCGGCACCGACUCCUGGUACGAGACGGACGCGCGGCGGCACCGCGAGCGCUGCCGGGGCGUCGGCCACAAGCGCAACACCAACAACGACCCUCGGGGCUCCAUGUCGGCGCCCAGCCCUAACCUGCCCCUCCGCGCCCGACCGCCGCGGGCCCUGCUCCCCGGCCAGGCUUCGCCACUGGCUCCGCUCCCCGGGGCCGCCGCCGCCUCUUUGGCACUGGAAUCGUACUGCGUCCGCCGCUUCAACUCCACUGUCUCUGGCCUCUGGCGGCGCUGCCACCGCGCGGGCUUCGAGCCCGACAGCGAGGAGCUCAUCCAGAAAGGAGUCAUCCAGCGCUGCACAUCUGUGAAGUAUCACUACACCUCAUCUUCCCUGCCACGCAACUUGUCUGUUAAUAUUAUCAACACUAUACGCCAGGAUGAGUGGCAUGCCCUCCAUCUACGGAGAAUGACAGCUGGCUUUAUUGGUAUGGCAGUUUCCAUCAUCCUGUUUGGAUGGAUCAUUGGUAUGCUGGGCUGCUGUAAACAGCAUGAGCUCAUGCAAUAUGUAGCUGGACUGCUCUUCCUUAUGGGAGGUACAUGCUGCAUCAUCUCCCUUUGCACAUGUGUGGCUGGGAUUAAUUUUGAGCUGUCUCGUUACCCUCGCCAAGUCUAUGGGUUACCAGAUGACAUCAGUCAUGGCUAUGGCUGGUCCAUGUUCUGCGCUUGGGGAGGCCUGGGGCUGACGCUUCUGGCAGGCUUCUUAUGCACACUGGCCCCCUCACUCAAUAGCCCUCGGACUGUUGUACAGAAACCCAGACAGGAAAAUGGUGCUGUGUGAUGAGAGAAGAGUGCAAAGGACUCUAGCAAGCAUAGUCCAGUUCAAGUCCAGUUGUAGGUUACUGCCAAUACAGUGUGGGCACCUGAAAUUCAUGAAGAAGGGUGGUUCCCAUUGUGGAACAAGUGAAGCGAUUCAAUUGCUAUGUCAAAGACUUGGGGAACCUUUCCUUCCUUUGAGUCUUCAGCCUGCCUGAUGCAACCAAACCAAAUCAGGUUAAUUCUUUAUUCCUGGCUUGCCUAAAGGAAAGUUUUCUGUUAAAUAGGGUGUGUUGUUAUAGGAUCUAUGUACCAUUUAACCUGAAUCAGAUUUCUGCUAGGAGCAGAAGCUACUGUGAAUUCCCUUUGAUGUCCUAUGACUCCGGGGAAAUCUAUUUCCAAGAAUUCUUGAGGGCCAGUCAGAGGUAAAGGCCAAAGGGAAAUCCAGCCAGUCUCAGUAUUGAUUCUCAUCUGCAGCAGGGACUUGAUGCUGUUAUAGGCUUAACUCAGCCUACUGCACUGAAGCAGCUUUUGACACCAGCUUGUUCUGAGGGGUUUUUUUGUUAUUCAGACAGGGACAUUAGCAAGUUCUUCCUCUGGAUCAUACAAUAUCUAACCUGUGUCAGUGUUGGAAGCCAAAUAUGUGUAGCAGGAGCUCAUGAAGGUUACUUCUGGGAUAAUGCAUUGGGCAAACUGAAAAUAUUGAGACUUCAAAAGCUUGAUGAAUUCUUCCACAAGGGGACAGGUCUCAGUAUCAACUCACACUUACAAACAGAAAGGUAGUUUUUUGGGUGGUGGUGGUAGGGGUGGUUGAACCUAAUCAGGUUAUUUAGUCAUUUGUGACAUUCCUGAAGGCUAAAACAACACUUUAAAGGACAAAACCACAGGUUUCUAGCUGAGGCCAGAAAAUGGAUCAAGUUUCCCAUCCCAGAAAUGUUAUUGUCUAUAAUGCAUAUAACUGUGUUAAUAGGGAAAUGAGAUUUGUAACCUAUUUCAAAUGCUUCCAGCCUGAGUGAACAAAUUUAUUAUUUUGGAAGACGAGCACAGAAACAGAAAAACUCAACAACCCCUUGGUAGCAUCCUCUGCUAACAGAAAAAGAAGCAUUUUUUUAUUAUUAAAGGGACUCUGUAUGCAGGUGAACAACAAGAGCUGGGCCUAACUCAGGAACAUCAACAAUGGUGCUGAAGGGAAGCACUGGUCUUUCCUCAUUGUACUCCUUUUCUGUGUCCCCAAAAGACUACACAGAAACAUUUUUGGAGGGCUGUUUACAUUGUAUUUUUAAGUGGCAUGUAAUUAAUUACUCAGUGCUAAAGUCAAUGUAUUCAUGGAAAUUGUGAUUUUUAAAUGAAGUUGUAAGUUUCAAGAGGCAUUAAAUUAAAAGGCUCGGUUAUGGUGAGAGGCUGGAAAUUCUCAGCCUUUUGGAUCUCACUAAAAGACUGGCAUGAAUUUUCUAUACUUUUACAAACACCACAGCUGCUAGAGAAACUCUGUUAUGCAGUUUAACACACAGGGAGACAGGAA